UACUUCCCCAUUUAAAAGGUACCCACAUCUCCUUCGGUAAACCUUCGCUGUCUGACCCGCUAAUGAGUAUGUGACACUGACAGAAACAAAGCAUCAAUGCCGAGGCACAGAAAUAUGAUUGCGGCGGUCCUCCUGCUGUGUGCUGUGGAGCUGCACUCCUCUGGUGUUGUGGCAGCGCGGAAUCAGACCUGCGCACCCAGUCAAGAGGAGGCAUGUUUUGUGCCAGCUGACUAUCUUAAUGCACCUGGUCCUGUCCACGUAGAGGUGUGUGCUGGUAAGAAACUCAAUAUCCCUCUGGAGCACGUCCCUGCAUACAAAGCCUGUCAUUGGAUCAGAGGAACAGAGCCAGUACUCACAGUAAACGGGAGUAGCUCCAUGGUCCUACCACCGCUCUCUGAGACAGAUUCAGGGGAGUACACACUGAGCUGUGAAACUAACAGUGAGACCAGGUCCUCAGUGAGUGUGUCUCUUCAUGUAGCAAUGAAACGUCCCACAAAACCAAAGCUGAUCCUGGAGCGUGUGAAGGAACAAAACAAGUCUCCUUAUUUCACAUGCAUCUCUGAGGGCUGCCCAAAGCCCACGCUUGAACUGUCUGGAAACAACAAAUGGGAAAAUGUUGCUACAGACAGUGACAAGGUACAGAUUACAAAAAGCAGUGUUGUUUAUUAUAAUACUGGAAUGAUGUGCUGUGCUACAAAUGCUGAAGGACAAGAAUGCUCCCAACUGUAUGACUACGACCUAAAGACUGACUCACAUGAGGUUCCUAAUGUAACCGUGAGUCCUGGUGAGUCUUUACUGCUUCGCUGCCGCAUAGGCGACUAUUGGCGACCGCCACCUGUGUGGGAGAAGGGCAGCGAAAGAAUGGAUGCAGAAACAUUAGCAUGCCCUUCUAAAGUGAAGGAGGAGAUCUGCAUUAAAAAUGACUCGCAUUCUGGGACUAAAAUGGCCUACAUGUUCAUCGAAUCAGUUAGUGUGGACCACACUGGCACAUACACCUGCAGGUGUAAUGACAACACACGUGUCAAGUCUGUCUACAUUCACGUCCAAACUGAGGAUUUCGUCUCUGUACAGCUGGGUGAGAGCAAGAUCAUACUAGCUCAGAAUGCAACGAUUUUGGAAGCCAGUGUUUCCUACCACCCGGUGCUCCAGCACUGCUCAUGGGAAGCUCCUAAUAAUAUUCUGACUAAAUGCAUCAGGGACGACUGGGUGACAAAACACAGGACUGUGAAACUACGUGCUCCACUCAUAUCAGGAGAUUAUAAGUUACACUUGCAGGCUGGAGAACAACGCCUAACAAAGAUUAUAUCAGUGUGUAUUGUGGACACACCAAAAUUCAGAUUUUGGUUUACGUAUGAUACCUUCACCUUUGAGACUGCGAGUCUUGUGCCAGCAUAUUAUACCUGGAAGUCUUGUUCUUCAGUCAAUGACAGCAGUUGUGACACAGACUCCUCCUGGACAGAGAUCCCAGAUGCCUUUCAAACAGACUCUGAUGCCGUCUGUAAUAAGACAAUCAGGAGUUCUCUGAGGAGCGAGCUAGUGGAGGGAGACCAACUCAGAUUCUGCCUGACAAACUCAAUUGGCACCUGGUGCGAAACUAAACACGCAAUAACCCGGUUACCGUCACUCCUGGCCGUCAGCAGCAGUGAUCCAAAUAAUGAUGAGAGCUUGAUGAUGCUGAAAGUAGGCAGUUUGCUUCUGCUUGUGGCUUUGGCAGUAGUCUGCGUGGUGCUCACGUACUUUGUCAGAAAGAAGAGACCCAAGUAUCAGCCCCAGCUGCAGAUGAUCCAGAUGGUUGGACCCAAUGACAACGAUUACAUCUACAUUAACUUCAAGGACUUUACGUACGACCCGAAAUUGGAGUUUCCCAGGGAGAACCUGGAACUGGGUGAUGAACUGGGCUCCGGGGCUUUUGGCAUGGUGGUCCAGGCUACAGCUUACGGCAUCAACAAGCCUGGAGUCUCACAGCAGGUGGCCGUCAAGAUGCUCAAAGAAAAACACCAGGACGUGGAGAAGGAGGCUCUGAUGUCAGAGCUCAAGAUGCUGACUCACAUCGGUCACCAUGCCAACAUUGUUAACCUGCUCGGAGCAUGCACGGAGACAGGACCCAUAUACCUGAUUUUCCAGUACUGCUGUUAUGGAGAUCUGUUGAACUACCUAAAGAAAAACAGAGAGCACUACCACAAGUCUGUGACUGAUGCUUUCAACAAGGACCGUUUCAGCAGCCUUUACCACAACCUGCAGCCCAAGAAAAGCCCUAGUGUGACCGACACAGCAAUGGACACCUAUGUGACCAUGCACAGCUCUACCACCAGAGGGCAGGAGGACAUCGCCCUCCUCACCCUCAACUCUGGAGGCAUGGACAGCUUUGAAGACUUGGAUAUCUAUGAAAACCAAGAUGAUCCGACAGAGGACCUGCAAACCCUGACCUUUGAUGACCUGCUCAACUUUGCCUACCAAGUGGCCAAGGGCAUGGAGUUCCUCUCCGCCAAGAAUUGUAUCCAUCGAGACCUGGCAGCUCGAAAUGUGUUAGUGACAAAGGGCAGACUGGUGAAAAUUGGUGACUUUGGACUGGCUCGGGACAUCGAAAAUGACUCCAACUAUGUUGUGAGAGGAAAUGUGCGAUUGCCGGUGAAGUGGAUGGCACCAGAGAGUACCUUUCAGGGGAUAUACACCAUGAAGAGCGACGUCUGGGCUUAUGGCAUUCUGCUCUGGGAGAUCUUCUCACUUGGUGUUACUCCGUACCCGGGGAUGAAGGUGGAUCACACGUUCUAUUCAAUGAUUGAGAGAGGAUUUAAGAUGGAGUGUCCAUACUACGCCGACGAGACUGUGUACGGGAUGAUGUGUAAAUGUUGGGCUCUGGAUCCCUGCAACCGGCCAUCUUUCUCCAAGCUGGUGUCCUUUAUGUGUGAUCAGCUGACAGACAGAGAGGAGAUGAUCUACCACAACAUGCUUAACCAGACACCCAGUGAAUACCAGAAUGCAUCGACCAUUUUGGACAUUUCCGCCCUGGCAAAACAGAGUGAGAGCAAGACGCAGUCGGCCAACGACUACCAUCGAACCCACGCGACUGAAGAAAGCAAAGAGGGAAUGUCCGACCCGGAUGUUGUGGCAGCUGAGGACGAGCUUCUGAAGCCAUCGGAUGCAGAGUGAUCAUCACCUUAUCACUGGAAGCAUUUGUUCAUCCAGGACACAAAAUCAGCUCCAGCCAAAUGGUGGUAAACUAAAGAGUUUAAAAGUUUAACAUUUACAUCCAUUUGGCUGGCGGACAAAAGUUAUUUUGCACUUUGUUUUUUCCACAUUUUAUAACAAAGUUGUUCUCAUGAUAAUAAUAAUCUCAAUAUUUACAGUAGAAUGCUCUUGCUUUAUACUCAUCUUUAGACUUCAUUUUAGACUUAGUAAACAUAUGUAGCAUUCAUUUUAUUUUAUAUACAUAUAUUUUGGGGGGGCUUUUAUUGCCUUUAAUUGAUAGUUACAGUUGAAGAGUGACAGGAAACAGCGGAGAAAGAGAGAGAGAGCGGGGGGUGAUAAGCAGCAAAGGGCCACAGGUCAGAUUCAAACCCAUGGCCGCAGUAGCAAGGACUCAGCCUUUAUUCAUAGGGCGCCACACAUAGCAUUCAUUUAACAUUAACAUAACGAUUCAUAACCUGCAAUCAAACAUACAAAGGUUUUAAUUAUGUAUAUGGGAUUUCAGUAAAUUCUAUUUUCACGAUGACAAUGUGGUAUGAAUGUAAAUACAGUAUUUCUGUUUUCCUUGAAUCAUAUGUAACAUACAUAUAUUGACAUGUAAGCUAUAGAGCUUUACCUCUUUCUACUUUAGGCCUACACUGUAGCAACUGAUCAAUAUUUGGUUUUAGAUUUUAUUUUAUACUUUAUUAUUAUAAUGCAUAUGGAAACAACCUUUUGCCUUAAAAUAUUGUUCUGCAAUAGAAUGUAAUUGUUGUUUGUUGUGGUCUCUUAUAUUAGCGGUUAUUACUUACAGAUUGACUGAGCAGUUUUUGUACACAUUCAAAUGUUUUUUAAAAACAAGCUUUACUUAUAUAUUAUGAAAUAUUUUAAUGGAUCUUUUUUUUACUUUUUGUAUUAAGCAUUAUACCUACAAUAAAAUGUACUUGACAGAAAACCUGGUGACCCCAGUAUAGGUCAGUUGUUCUCAACUGCUUUGGCUUUGACAUGAUAAUAAUAAAGUAAAUAAUAAAGUCA